AUGGAUUAUAUCAAGGUUGCCAGAGUCGACAAUGUUAUUUGGCACAAGAGAGGUAUUUCUUUGAAGGGUUCCAUUCACUUGACUACACAUCACUUAAUCUUCACGGAUGAUAAUUCUUCGCGUGAGUUCUGGGUAGCAUACCCGACAAUAGCGUCUGUAUUCAGAAACAAGGGUAGCUCGUUGGUUUCCAAGUACAAGCACCGUAGCGAAUGGGAAAAGGAGGAGCUUUAUGCUGGUAAGGACAUCUGGAUGUUCUACAAUAUUAAGGUGAUCACUAAGGAUUACAACAUUUUCUCUCUGGAUUUGGAUAAUGAAAAAAAUGCCCAAGACGUUUUUGACUCCUUGUCGAAACUCACGGUUUUGGAUGACGUGCAUAAGCUGUACGCGUUCAUAUAUUCGCCUAACAAAGCCGAAACCCCAUUCAAUAGCUGGAACAUUUAUGAUCCGGAAAAGGAGUUUGAAAGACAAGGCAUUCAAUUUUAUGAAGGUACAGGUGAUGCGCCAGCAAACGUAAAAUGGCGUAUUUCAACUAUCAACGAAGAUUACUCGUUUUGUAAAACGUAUCCUAACAAAUUGGUAGUACCGAAAACCGUUUCCGAUACUUUAUUGUCGUACUCCGUUAAAUAUAGAUCGCAACAAAGAAUUCCAGUUCUAACGUACUAUUAUGCAAAGAAUGGAACAUCUAUCUCAAGAUGUGCACAGCCGCUCCCGGGAAUUACACAACAACGUUCAAUACAGGAUGAGAAGUUGAUCAAGGAAAUUUUCCAGUGUGCGACCUAUAGAACGAAUAAAAACAUCAUCGUAGAUGCCAGACCAACAACAAACGCAAUGGCACAGACAGCAUUAGGGGGUGGGACUGAAAAUAUGGAUAAUUAUGGGUUCAAUGACACAUGUUCCAGAAUGUUUCUUGGGAUAGAUAAUAUUCACGUUAUGCGGGACUCAUUAAACUCUUUGGUUGACAACUAUUUAGUGGAUAAUGACUUAUACCUUCCAAUCGAUAAGAACAUGCUCAACUCUGAUAAAUCAAAUUCAUGGCUCAGAUACAUUAAACUACUCUUAUCGUCGACGGAUACUUUAGUGAAGUCAAUGGUAUUUAACCACUCCAAUAUUUUAGUACAUUGCUCGGACGGUUGGGACAGGACCGCACAAAUUACUUCUCUCGUGCAGCUUUCUCUUGAUCCAUACUAUAGAACUAUGGACGGCUUUAUGGUACUAGUUGAAAAAGAUUGGUUGUCAUUUGGUCACAGAUUCUGUGAAAGAUCAGGCCAUCUAAGCUCCCCUUCAAUAUUCCACGACCAUUCAUCACGGUUAAGCAUAUCUCUUGGUACAGAAUCGCUGACACUAAACGAUAAAAGAGAAAACGAAUUAGGCGAUUUCGCUGCCAUGACUUCAGUCGCCGACCACUUGCCAACUGCAUCUAAGCUCAAGAAAAGUAGGAAUGGAACAAAUAUGAAACUUACAUCUCCUGUCUUCCAGCAGUUCUUAGACUGCGUCCACCAACUUUUGAUUCAAUACCCUAACAGAUUCGAAUUCAAUGAACGCUUUCUAAGGAGGCUAGUAUACCAUCUAUACUCUUGCCAAUAUGGAACGUUCCUCUUCAACAAUGAACACGAGAGAGUGGUGAACCAGGCUCAUAAACUGACUAGGAGCGUAUGGGACUAUUUUAAGUCAAGAAGGAAUGAAUUUACGAAUCCAAACUAUAACACUUCAACGGAUACAGAAGAAGAGUGGAUUCUCCCUGAUUGGGAGAAAGUAGAGUGGUGGUGGCAACUGUUCGGAAGGAGGAAUGAAGAAAUGAAUGGGCCUUGCACAAACAACGGAUCUUGUGAUACAGCAGCAGCCAAGAAAUCAACCAAUAUCGUUUCCAAUCUCAAAAUCCCCAAAUUCAGUUUGGAAAUGUUUUCUAAAAGAUGA